CGGAAUGCUGUCUUCAUCACUUUCCAUCUGCUCUUCUUUUCUCCUCUACAGUGGAAGCACAAAUACGGCUUUGUGAUUGGUGCGCCCCUGGAGCCCGGCAACACUUAUCGCUUUCGUGUGAGAGCGGUCUCUGUGGAGACGGGAGUGGAUGUAAUUCCGCCAUCCGAUUGGUCUGAUCCCGUUAGCACGCAUCACAUCAGCAAUGCGGCACCACCGAGAAUCACAUCCGUCCAACCCUAUCAUGAUGGUCGAUUUAAUGUGACAUGGGAGUACGAUGGUGAUGUUGGUAAUCAGUCCACCGACACAGAGUCCUUCAAGCCGGACUUUUUCCUUGUUCUCACGCGUCCAGUAUUGCGCUCGCUCUCUCAGCCAUCGUCAUCGGGGCUAACUUCAGUGAAUGGCGACGCAGAGGAUGUGGAGAAGGGAAGUAGCAGUGAGGUGGCGGUCAAAAACGAUGCCACUUUGCACUACGGCCGAUAUCGGGCGACUCAGGUCAAUGGAUCGGACGCGAGAGAGGCCUUCAUCUACAACCUCAACGCAUCCAUCAGCUAUCAACUGGUUGUCUACGGUGUAAAGUAUGAAAAUGGCGCUCGUCGAAUCACCCGAUUUUCAGAAGCCAAAUUUGCCACCCUGCCAGAGGUGCCCGGCUUUGGAACAUUCAGCUUAAUUCGUGCGGUAACCGAGAACAAGCCGAUAUUCAUUGGACUGGGUGCUUUAGCCAUUAUCAUCUUCAUCGUCGUGUUGGUGCUCGUCAUCAUGUGUAUUGUUAGGCAACGCAAGUAUCGCCGAAGACGACGCGUCAAGCACAAUGGUUUCCUCACCGGCCACAAUGACUCCGAGAAACAUCAGUCCCAAUCUCAACAACACCAGCAGUAUUCGCAGCAACCGAACCAACAGUCCUCCAAUGAUCUGCGAACCGCCUCUCCCUCGGUUAAGGCUGCACAAGCCGCUCAGGCGCAAGGCCAAGCUAUGCUCAUGGGCACCCUAAUGCGGCAAUCAAAUUUCUCCGAGCCACCUAGCCAGUCACAGCUACAGCAGUUCACCCAACAACAAGCCGCUUACAUGGGCUCUGUUAUGCACUUGGGUUAUUACGGCAAUCAUCACACGCAACAUCACCAUCAAUCACAUCAUUCCUUACUACUUCCAGCCACGCCUGCGCCUGGAAUGAUGGGGAGUCCCAUGUUUCAUAGUGGCACACUCCCACCUGGAAUGCGGAGUGGUGGGAUGAUGCAGCAGCAGCAAACACAUCAUCACCUCCAGUCACCUCCACCACCACCGCCAGCCCAGUUGGGAGGCUUUGGAAGUCAGCAGGUGCUAAAUCAGAUGGAUGGAGUGGAACAGGCAACACUUAUGCGAGACUAUUAUCAGCAACAGCAACAACAACAGCAGUUGUAUCAGCAGCAUCUGUUGAACCAACAACAAGGUCAGCAGGCGUCAUUUAUGCAGUACACAGCAAAUAACCCAGCUGCUUUUCUGCCGUCACAACAACAGCAACAACAGAUGAUGGAUAGUCUGUCGUCAAGACAGCAUAGUCAGGGUUAUCCCUAUGGCGGUAGCAUUCACUCCGGCACCUCACUGAAACGUGAUCCCAAUGGAUCUCUACAUGAAGAUUCAACAUUACUGGCUCGAAGUCCGAUGAGUCCGCAUCCACCGUCAAUGCUGGGGGACCAGAUUCCACCCCCUGGCUACUUCCAGACGCCCAUGUAUGCCCAACAGCAUCCACUCAUGUCACCACCACCGCCUCCGCCGCCGGUGCAAAUGUCUGGAGCUGCCUACUACCCCGGACAGCCUCAAGCUGAUCCUGGCCAAAUGAGCCUGCACAACAUGGGACACCACACAGAUGGUGAAUCCAUCUACUCCUACUUCUCACAACAAGAUGUCUGCCAUCCUCAGCCACAUGCUCUUCUGAAUCCCUUGCCGGAGGAGAAUCAGAUGAAUCUUGGCUACACUGAGUCGGGAAGUCAAACAGCAGGACUGAAUGGUACCGGUGGGACAGCAAGUCCUCCCGCUGGUGGCACGGUAGGUGGACACCGACACCACCGUAGACGUCGUAGAAAGCAGCAACAACAGCAAUCGCAGUCGUCAGUGCAACAAUUUGGAGGUGGUGGAGAGGGUGACGGAUUCCAGUUCCCGGGUCACAAUAGCGAGCAGAUCGCCAUGAUGACAAUGAUGGAGGCUCAGGGGCGCAUAGCACCAAGCGGGAUGAAUGGAACGACGCCACCAUCUGCUGCAGGUCUGGAGCAGGCGGGGGGCAAUGAAACUGUGAGUCAAAUGGAAAAUCCACGCUCUGGCAAUCAGUCGUUUGAUCGCAGCACACCGUCUUAUGGAGCCUCACCUGGAGUAGGUGUGCGUUCGUCUCUUCCACCUCCCAGUCAGCCCCCGCCACCACCUCCCGCAAUGAUGAUGAUGCCCAUACAAAUGACCUCAACAGGUGGUCUUGACAGUGCCGGUGUGGCUAUUGGUAACCCCAACGCGGCUAGCAGUAGCAGUCUGAGCCGUCGCGGUGGCGUUAGUGGAGUGCUAAGUGGCGCUCCACCUCGAAUCCGUGACUACUCGGAGUACGGCAUUCCCACUUCGACGCCGAACGCAGGCGGAAUUGGCAGCCCACCCCACCCACAAGGCGUUGUGACUUUGACAACAGCAACGCCGCCUUCAGCAGUUGGUGGUGGUGGUGGUGUUAAACAGAUUCCAGCCUCCCAGACGACGGGAUUCAAUACCAGCAACAGCAGUAACAACAAGUCCACUUCAAGCGGCGGCGGGAGUAUGAGAUAUCGAGAGGGCCAGGCGUAG